AUGUCCAACGCCACCGUGUGCGACUCCACGAACGGUUGCGAGCACUGGCGCGGGGAGUGUCAGGUGCAGUGCGGGACUCUGGCGACGGCGGAGGCUUGCGGCGUCACGGCAAAGUGCGACUGGGACGAGGCCUACCACGUGUGCAACUCGAGGCGGCCGCCCACGUGCGAGUCGUCCAACACCAGGUCACUGUGCAUAGCGACGAGAUUCUGUCAGUGGGACGCCAUCGAGGCCAAGUGCGGGGACGCCACGUGGCGAUGUGAGGACCUUAAGGAUGAAGCGCACUGCGCUCGAUCCACCUCGCCUCGAUGCGUGUGGAGCGGCAACGACGAGAAUGGAGGGUCCUGCUCGGACCUGAGGCAGUGCGAGGCGAUCGCGCUGCCGCAGGAGUGCCCCACGCAUCACGGUUGCGCGUUCUCGCAGUCCAAGAACCAGUGCAUAUCGCUCAGCGCCCUGGCCGGGGACAAGCCGGUGUGUCGCGGGAGCGCCGACUGCGGCGUCCCUUUUACGUUUUGCAACGCCGACUACGGCGUCCGCGGUUUCUGCCAGAACUGUCUGCCGAUAAUAGGAGACGGGAUCGAUCAGUGCGAUAACAUAGCGAGGGUUCCGGCGCCUGGCGCGGGGGAGUGUCGAUCGGCGUGUUUUCCCCCGAAGAAGGGAGGCCAGUAG